AAAACCUGUAUCUCAACUAUUAUUUGCUUUAGAGAAAGUAUCAGGACUUUUAAUCCUUGAAAGUAAUAACUUACUUUGUGAGGGAAACAGAAUUGAUGAGUAUAAUGAUGCUGCACCUAAUUUAUUCGCUUUCUGGAAACCAAUAAUUACGAAUACCAAAAUAGUUAAUAUUGAGAAUUUAAAGAUACCUUACAUUAUAACAAACAAAUUUUAUGGUUUGAAACUUCCAUUUUCAACAUACUUUAUGGAACAUAUUAAUAAAUUUAAAAGUAUAUAUCAGGAUGAUUUAAAGAUGCUAAAAGGAAUUCCAGAAAAUCUUGAUGAAGAAACUGGCAAUCUCAAAUCACAUAUUAUUGAUGACUGCGUUGAAAGGUUGUCAGAGCACAUUAUUUCCGUAGUUCCUGAGUUAAAAAUACCACAGUUUGAUUUGCCAAAUGCAUAUUUUAAUGAUUUUGCGACUAUUAUUUCCCAUGGAAGAAUUGAUAACAGCCAAAUAUUGCGUCAAAUUAUAUCUCAUCACAUGAAUCAAGAAGUGCCAGAUCCUAUAAGGCUUCAUAUGGCUUGUAACGAGAAUGAACAAAUUAAACUUCAACAAUGGCAGCGUGAUAUCGCAAAUAUUUUAUCAAUUUCUUCCAAUUUAUCAAAUUCAUUCAACAAUCCGUCACUAAAUAUGCUUCGAGUAUAUAAUGACUUGUCUAAAUCAAUUUCCUUAACACAAUUGUUUCAAAUUAGGCAACACGCAGCUGAUUUAUUUUCAAAGCAAUCUAUUGAUAUUAUUUUCGAAAAACUCGAUCAAAUAGAAAAAGAAAAAGCGGAAAUUAAAGUUCUAAAAAGCACAAUGAGGCUGAAAGUUAUUGAAACCAUCUUAUCCAGGAAAAGGAACUCAAAAAUAGCAGCGUUAUGUUGUGAUGUUAUUCAUAUGCAACUCUCGAAAUAUCAGAUACCUCAUUAUAUUCUGAUGAAAGCAAUAGAUAUUUUGACUAGAGAUACUAAAGAUACUAAAGAAUUAGAGAAAAUUACUGCAAUUGCCCUUUUGAAAGUAUUUGCAAGUGAAUUCUGGAAUUGUAUAGAACCCAAAGAUUCUUUAAACAAUCCAAUAAAUUAUAAGUUUAUAGAUGAUUUAAAUAAAC